UCUUCAAGGGGCUGAUAGGAGCACCACCAGUCACAAUGAAAGUUCUCAUCACUUCCUUUCUUCUGCUGCUGCCACUAAUGCUGACGUCCAUAGUCUCCGGCCGCCCAAAUUCAGGGGUCGCCAGAGGUUAUAAGGACCAACGCCAGCGAUCUGGGAGGUGGCUCCAGGAAGGUGGCCAAGAAUGUGAGUGCAAAGAUUGGUUCGAGAGAGCUUCCAAAAGGAAACUCAUGGCAGUGACUGCGCUGCCAAAGAAGCAAUGUCCCUGUGAUCAUUUCAAGAGCAACAUGAAGAAAACCCGACACCAAAGGCACCACAGGAAGUCAAACAAGCGCUCCAGGGACUGUCAGCAAUUUCUCAAAAAAUGUCAGCUAGCAAGCCUCUCUUUGCCUUUAUAA